GCUAUAAGCGACGUCGCAGCCACCCGCUACCACUACCACCCGCUACCCACAACAAACAUCCGUUUCUCCCAACCGUUCCUCGAAACUCCAUCGCCAUGCCUGCCCGACCAAGUCCGCUCAUCACGAAAGGCCACGGCAUCCUGCCUGGCUCGUCAAAGCUGUCUCCCUUUUCGCCGCUCCCAUCCGAGCUACCCAGAACACCCAUCGAUGGCCGGUUCGACGCCCUCAAGAACGCCGACGACGCGCUGAAGACACCUAUCACCCCGCCGACCGCAUACACCGACUUCCUGAAAGCCGCCAUGAACUCCCCCGCCGUUUCGUCGGCGCCGCCAUCCAGCCUCCCCUACUCGCCUGCGCUCUCAUCGGGUUCGUACCGUCACAGCGGCUACUACACCCCCGCCACGCCCUAUUCCGGUAUCAGCAUUCGGAGGCGACGCGGCGGACUGCCGCCAAGCCCGUCGAGCGCGAACUCGAGCCCGUCCACCGAGGGGCCCAGGAGCGCGCGAUCCACCAGAAGCUGUCCCGACGACGACGACGACGCUGAGGAGGAGGACCGCGCGCAGCUGUCGGAUGGCCGGGUCAUGGUGAAGCAGGUGGUCACCACGACAGUUACCUAUACGCCGCGGAUGAGUCUGCUGCCUGCGCCCAAGGGCAAGCGACGACGGAUAGCGUAGUGCGGUCAUCCGCCUUUGUUUUUUUUUUUGGUUUUGAUUUCUCUGUUGAAAAAUCCGGCUGUUUCUCUUUUUUUUCUUCUUCGAUUCGACUUCACUUUCUCUCGACAAAUAUCCAUCUCCUUUACGACAUUAUUCCACUUUUUUUUCACGACACAUUCGGGGGCAAUCUUCUGGCGUCCUGAUCUUACUCUUGCUUUUUUGCCAUCGUUGUUCUAUUGUC